AUGCCGACUUCGGAGACGGGCAAGCCUGCGGCAGUUCCAGUGGAGUUCGUGUCGCCCGACAACUACUGGCACAAGGAGAAGGCAGCAAGGUGGCCAUCAAGGAACCCGGCGCCUGGCACUCCACCGGUCUCCGAGGGGAUCCCCGGGACGCCAGUGAACGCUCCCCCGUCGCCCGAGCAGGGGGCGCUGGGCAACUUGACGGAGAGAGACAUGUGGGACCCACACUGGGACCCUGACGGCAACCAGCCGGGGAGGCUUCAGGACGUGCCGAGGAGCGCCCCCCCCGCGAGCCCCGGCGGCGGCGCCGAGACCACGGAGGCCGGCGCCGGCAGCGCCGCGGAGGUCGUCGAGGAGGAGCCCGGCAGGCGAAAGCGGCGAGCUACGCGGUUACCACAGGUGGCCGAGCCGCUGACCGAACAGGUGUCGUCUAUUCUGCCAUCUCCCAGCGCCAUCCUCCGCAAGGAGGCCCCACCGAUCCAGCGCGAAGUCCGGGCCCCGUGGCUCAUCGUCGGCGCGGGCGUGGUGUACACGUACGACGGCGGCUCGCACACGGGCUGGAUCCACGAGGUAUUCGACAAUGUCGCCCAUAUCGCGGCCGACUACCUCGACGGCGACACGAUCCCGCUGGACGACAAGUGGACGAAGCCAUGGCACCCGGAGAAGGCCAAGGAUGAGGUCGUGGUGUUCGACGGACCCCACAGGGGCCUGAAGGGCCAGGUGAUUGGGUUCGAGAAGGCCCCGGACGGCACCAAGAUUGUAUACGUGCGCGCCACGGUGACGAGCAAAGAUCUCCUCGCCGACGCCGCGGUUGGAAAGUACGUCAAGCGCAUCGAGCACAAGGACGUGGCCAAGUGGCGCGACCAGGUGAAGUUCCCGCCCGUGUCGAGCGAGCCAGCCAUACACCGGCCCGGGAACGGCUCGCACGGGACGUCGCCGCUGAUGCUGGCCUCGGAGGCCCCGGACGGCAGCCUCGCCGAGGAGGGGUCGCGGGGGCCGCGGUCGGUGGCCGAGGAGCCCAGCCCGAGCGCCAGACCAGGUCGCAGCGGUGGCACGCCCACCUCCGCGGCCGGGACACCGGCAGGCUCGGCUUCUGCGCCGACGCCCUCCCAUGGGCUGAAGCCGCUGCUGGCGAGGGUGAACCCGGUGCUGGCCUCGCUGAUGCAGCCAGGCGCCUAUGCGCGCGCGCCCGUGCCUCCCGGCUUCCCGCCGCCCGCCCCUGGCCAGCGCCCCGGGUGGCCUGUCCUGGGCACGGCGCCUCGGCGCUACGGGCGCGGCUCCCGGAAGGCCACCUUCUCCAGGCGUGCGGCGGCUGGGGUGCCUUUCCAGGACGAGACGGAGCAGGAGCAGGGCGACUAUGAGAAGGACUGUCAUGCGUGUGGGCAGGCCGCCCCGGAGACGGAGCGGGCCAUUUGCGGCUUGGUGCUAUGA